UGAAAGAAAAGCACAAGAAGUGAAGAAACUUUUAUAGUCAUUGUUGAUUUGACUAUUAACGCCUGUCCUCGAAAUUAAAGCUGCUGAAACAAGCUGAUUCUGUCACAUCGUAAGAUGCCUUUGGAAAUUCUGCAGUGCUGUUAAGCUGCAUCUUUGGAACUGGCGCCUAAAUCCUGAGUGUCAUUUGAUGAACUUUUAUGAAGCCAGCACUCAUUUAACCAAUACCAAGAGCACAAGAUAUAGGAUCUUUCCAUCAACUCUGGAGCCUCCUUCAUGCCCUCUGAUAAUUAUUAUACACUCCCAAAGAGUUUUGAGACUGAUUGUCAAUCUUAUAGAAGAUUACUGUAAACUUAAAGUUUUCUGAAGAAUCAGUUCAUAAGAUCCAAAAAGUAUAAAAGGAGAGAAGUACCAAUGUCUACCACAAGACGAAAACGUAAUAUGUUAUGUUGUUUACCGUAAGCUGUAGUAAAAUGAGCUCAAUUGUUGACAGAGAUGACAGUAGUAUUUUUGAUGGGUUGGUGGAAGAAGAUGAUAAGGACAAAGCAAAAAGAGUAUCUAGAAACAAAUCUGAAAAGAAACGUCGAGAUCAGUUUAAUGUUCUCAUUAAAGAAUUGGGGUCCAUGCUUCCUGGUAAUGCUAGAAAGAUGGACAAAUCUACUGUUCUGCAGAAGAGCAUUGAUUUUUUACGAAAACAUAAAGAAAUCACUGCACAGUCAGACGCUAGUGAGAUUCGACAGGACUGGAAACCUACAUUCCUUAGUAAUGAAGAGUUUACACAAUUAAUGUUAGAGGCUCUUGAUGGUUUUUUUUUAGCAAUUAUGACAGAUGGAAGCAUAAUUUAUGUGUCUGAGAGUGUAACUUCAUUACUUGAACAUUUACCAUCUGAUCUUGUGGAUCAAAGUAUAUUUAAUUUUAUCCCAGAGGGGGAACAUUCAGAGGUUUAUAAAAUACUCUCUACCCAUCUGCUGGAAAGUGAUUCAUUAACCCCUGAAUAUUUAAAAUCAAAAAAUCAGUUAGAAUUCUGUUGUCAUAUGCUUCGAGGAACAAUAGAUCCAAAGGAGCCGUCUACCUAUGAAUAUGUGAAGUUUAUAGGUAAUUUCAAAUCUUUAAACAGCGUAUCCACUUCAGCACACAAUGGUUUUGAAGGAACUAUUCAACGCACACAUAGGCCUUCUUUUGAAGAUAGAGUUUGUUUUGUAGCUACUGUCAGGUUAGCUACACCUCAGUUCAUCAAGGAAAUGUGCACUGUUGAAGAACCCAAUGAAGAGUUUACAUCUAGACAUAGUUUAGAAUGGAAGUUUCUAUUUCUAGAUCACAGGGCACCACCCAUCAUAGGAUAUUUGCCAUUUGAAGUUCUGGGAACAUCAGGCUAUGAUUACUAUCAUGUGGAUGACCUAGAAAAUUUGGCAAAAUGUCAUGAGCACUUAAUGCAGUAUGGGAAAGGCAAAUCGUGUUAUUACAGGUUCCUGACCAAAGGGCAGCAGUGGAUAUGGCUCCAGACUCAUUACUACAUCACGUACCACCAGUGGAAUUCAAGGCCGGAGUUCAUUGUCUGUACUCACACUGUAGUAAGUUAUGCAGAAGUUAGGGCUGAAAGACGACGAGAGCUGGGCAUUGAAGAGUCUCUUCCUGAGACAGCUGCUGACAAAAGUCAAGAUUCUGGGUCUGAUAAUCGUAUAAACACAGUCAGUCUCAAGGAAGCAUUGGAAAGGUUUGAUCACAGCCCAACCCCUUCCGCUUCCUCCCGGAGUUCAAGAAAAUCAUCUCACACAGCAGUCUCAGACCCUUCCUCCACACCAACAAAGAUCCCAACAGAUACUAGCACUCCUCCCAGACAGCAUUUGCCAGCUCAUGAAAAGAUGGCACAAAGAAGGGCAUCAUUUAGUAGUCAGUCCAUAAAUUCCCAGUCUGUUGGUCCAUCAUUAACACAACCAGUGAUGUCUCAAGCUGCAAAUUUACCAAUUCCACAAGGCAUGUCCCAGUUUCAGUUUUCAGCUCAACUAGGAGCCAUGCAGCAUCUUAAAGACCAAUUGGAGCAAAGGACACGGAUGAUAGAGGCGAAUAUUCAUCGGCAACAAGAAGAACUAAGAAAAAUUCAAGAACAACUUCAGAUGGUCCACGGUCAAGGGCUGCAGAUGUUUUUGCAACAGUCAAACCCUGGAUUGAAUUUCGGUUCUGUUCAACUUUCUUCUGGAAAUUCAUCUAAUAUCCAGCAGCUCACACCUAUAAAUAUGCAAGGCCAGGUGGUUCCUACUAGCCAGAUUCAAAGUGGAAUGGGUACAGGACACAUUGGCACAACUCAGCACAUGAUCCAGCCGCAGACCUUGCAGAGUGCGUCAGCACAGCAGAGCCAACAGAAUGUCCUGAGUGGACACAAUCAGCAGACGUCGCUCCCCAGUCAGACCCAGGGCACUCUGACAGCCCCUCUGUAUAACACGAUGGUGAUUUCUCAGCCCGCGGCUGGAAGCAUGGUUCAGAUCCCCUCUAGUAUACCACAAAACAGUACCCAGAGUGCCGCGGUCACUACCUUCACUCAGGACAGACAGAUAAGGUUCUCUCAAGGUCAGCAGCUUGUGACCAAACUGGUGACUGCUCCUGUGGCUUGUGGGGCCGUCAUGGUCCCUAGUACGAUGCUCAUGGGUCAGGUGGUGACUGCCUAUCCCACCUUUGCCACGCAGCAGCAGCAGUCCCAGACCCUGUCGGUGACGCCACCGCAGCCGCCGCCGCCGAGCUCGCAGGAGCAGCAGCUCACGUCGGUGCCCCAACCGUCUCAGGCCCCACUGGCCCAGCCGCCGCAGCAGUUUUUACAGACUUCUAGGUUGCUGCAUGGAAACCCUUCGACUCAGCUCAUCCUCUCUGCUGCGUUUCCACUACAACAGAGCACCUUCCCUCCGUCGCAUCACCAGCAACACCAGUCUCAGCAACAGCAGCAGCUCAGUCGGCACAGGACUGACAGCUUGACCGACCCUUCCAAGGUUCCGCCGUAGUGACUCGGCGAUGUCGCGGGAGGAAGGCAUGGCCCAGGAAGAGCUGCUAGAUGACCUGAGGAUGGGAGGGAGAAGCUCAGCAGUUUCAUGCAGUGCAGUAUUGAGUGUUCUAGUUCUGGAAGUAGUUGGCAGGGGCACUGCUGCCUAGGGCUACAGAUGUAGAUUAAAUACCAGCCAGCAGAUGAUCAUAGGGACAUAGCCAAUUCUCACAGUGUUUCAGUUGCCCAGAUUUUUUUAAUGGAAAAGAGUGCAUUGCCAAAUGUUAAAAAGCUCCACUAUGGAAUGACUUCAAGUCAGAGAGGCACUGACAAUGUUCGUAACUCGUAGCGGUUCUGUGCCUGUUACCAAGUGUUGCAGAGGACACGCCACAUCAGGGGUUUGCUUAACGGUGCCGUGAAGACAGUGUGGUAGACACGGUAGCCCUUCCCCCCUCAGUCCUUCCCCUCUUUAGGUAAUGAUGGAACAGUAAUUAUUUUCAGAAUGUUAUAUGGGUUCAAAUUCUCUGUGUACAGAUACUGUAAAAAUAUGUAUAUGUCUGGAUGAAAGGACAGAAAGCAAAACAUUCUGUAUGCUGCAUGAGAAAGCACCCUCUCUUCCUGGUAGGUAUGAGUGCAUUUCCUUGGAUUCUGACACACCCUCGUUUUUCCUUUCGUUUACAACACGGUAGUGUUCUAUUCACCUUCCCGGGGCACAGGUCUUUCCAGUCACACUGGCUGUGGUGUCACACUUUGCUCGGUGAGGGAUGGUGUGCUGCUGGGAAUGGAUCUUUUUUUUCAGGUUAAAUUAUUGCUACAACAGAAUUUUCAAGUUAUUCAGAACUAUCCCUCAUUUCAUUAUUUUCAAUUAUGUUUGAAAAACAAGAUUUUUGCACUGCUUUUAGAUGGUCGAGAGUUUUGAUCACAUAUUUUGAUAUAGUUCAUAGUUGGAAAUAUUUGUGUAAAUGGUUUUCAACAAGCCUGAAAGUAAUUUCAAGAAUGUUUCAGUUAUAGGAGUAAAAUUUGCACAGAAAACAUUGUAGGCACUUUUUAACAUUCUUAAUGGUGGGAAUUUUAACUUUUAGGAUUUGUUGGAAUCUUUUUAUUAUCCUUCACAAUUUCAAUGCUUAUUUUAGUCAGAAAUGAUUCAGUGUUAUUUGAGGGACAAAAAAAAAAAAAAAAAAACAUAAAAAAAAAAACCCAUAGUGCCUUGAUUUUAAUUCAGGUGAUAACUCACCAUCUUGAACUCAUUGUCUGGUUCAGUAGCUGUUUUGAAACCUUAGUACAUUUUUAACAGCAUGUGGGUGUCACUGUCAUUCUCCUAAGUUCCUGUGAAGACUGCUGUAAGUCUCUUGAACUGGAGGUACAAAUUGUUUAAAUAAAAGAUGACAACACUGUCACAAUUAUUUGUGAUCCCUAAAUUAUUUCCUAUAUCAGCAUUUUCCUUGAAAGCUAAAUAGUCACUUCAGAACACCAAGAAAUAAUUGUUCAAUAUGAUCUUGAUAUUCCUACAAAGAAAACAGAAGGGGUAGGAAGUCAAGCAAAGCAAAGCGAAGGUUGCUUUUAAUACACUAGAAAAUUGUAACUCACAUGCUUUUUAAACAUGAACUAAGAUUUCAUUUGGCAAUAUCAUUCUAAAGGUAAUAAAUUCCAACAUAAGAUUCAUAUGUUUUAAAAAACCAUUUUAUAGAUUUUGUGGUACUGAUAAUGCAAUAUACAACUAUAGAACAAAAGAUUAAUGAAAAAAAUCUUACCUAUAAUAUUGAAAAUUACUACGGAGGAAGAGGAGGAUAACAAGCAUAAUAAAUCAAAAUUGAUCUUAAAAGAAAAUGUUCAGCAGAGUUGAGGUCAUUCACCAGAAAAAAGUUUUGAGUGAUGAAAGUAAUUUAGAGCAAAAUUGCUAGAUUAAGGGGCCAGGGGAACGCUAAGUUUGGAAAACUUCUCUGUCCUCAGCUUUACUGAUAUCUUUAAGGGAUAUAUAUAUUUUGUCUUUUUGUAGAAAACUACCUGGCCACAAGUAAGUUAGAAAAAAGAAACCAACCAAAGAAAACUGGCACCUGCCCGCAAAAGAAGUGUGACUAGAUAGCAGUCAGCCAUUCGCACCCCAGGGGCCCUUGGAGCUCAGCGCUCACCCAGGGGGUCAGGGACCUCCGCCAGAGCGAGCUGGGCCGGCCACUGGCCACUGCACACACAGAGCCAGAGCCAGAGCCCACCUGCGGCGUUGGCAGCUGGCGUCCUGCCCUCUCAAAUUGCCUUUCUCAGCCUCCAUCAUUCCAGUAUCUGAGCUGUGCCUGGUUUAGUUCUCGGCAGUACUUAGAGAUAGGGAUUAGCUAAGAGAAGGUGUGAAGAACUGCAGAACGUGGCCUCUAGGAAGCAGACUGAAGGGAGUGAGCCGAGUACUGUGUACUUGGGGAGCAGAAGAAGCCGCAGACACACAAGGGCCAGUCUGUAGGCUGUUGGCACACAUUCUGUUUUCACAAAUAUUUGCAAAAGAAAAAAUUCCCCUUUAUAAUUCCUAUUGUUCUUCACAGCUCAUCUUUUUCCUGCUUGGAAUUAACAGUUGCUAGAUUUAAAGGAGCAUCUAGUUACUUUCCCCUGGCUGUUCGGAUCCAGCGAGCGUGUUGGGAAAGCUCUGAAGCACCGACUGCCCCUUCACUCUUUACCCCUCCUCUG